GCUCGCGAGACUUGGGGGUGACUUUCCUUCCGUGCGUAAGUGGCUCAUGUGAGUGGGACUCAGAGUCGGGGGCCAAGGAGGUGGGACCAAGGUCGGUUCCAGAGUUCCGAGGGCGAGAGGGUCGGGUCGCACAGAGAGCAUGGAAGAGAUAAGUAAGGGCACGAAACCGCCGAGUUCCAAGGACGUGUCCAGACUUCAGGAAGAGCAUGGAAAGGUGGUCAGCAGCUGCCAGGAAACAAUCCAGCACUGGAGGAAGGUUGAAAGCGACUAUGAAUCACUUCAGGAGAGGCUACGCACGUUGCCAGACAAGCUGACGUAUGAAAUCAUGGUGCCUUUUGGCCCUCUUGCCUUUAUGCCUGGAAAACUUGUCAAAACGAACGAAGUUACCGUUUUGCUUGGGGACAGUUGGUUUGCUAAGUGCUCAGCUAAAGAAGCUGUUGGCCUCAUUGACCACAGGAAAAAACAUGUAAGGAAAACAAUGGAAGAUUUACAAGCCGUUGCAAAGAACUUUGAAUCUAAAGAAGUCUUUACAAAAGAUCUGCAAAGCAUGAGUGACGAACCUGGUGAUUUUUUUGACAUUAAGGAAGAGUCAAAUGAGAAUACAGCAUAUAGCAAAGGAAGCCACCGCAUUGCACACAAACCUCACUCAAAACCAAAGGUACCGGACUGUUUUGAAGAGGAGGUUGCUGAAGAUGAAAUGGAAGUGAAAGCUAAAAACAAAUUCUUAGACAAUGAGGAACUGUGGGCAAGAUUGGAGGAGCUUGAACGGGAAGAAGCGUUACACGGAGAACUUAAUGAUGUCCGUGAGAUACAAAAUGAGAUAAAAGAACUAGGAUUUUUUGAAGAAGACAAAGAGAAUCGAAAGACUGACCUUAACGUGUCCCAAGAAGUUAGAGAAUCUCCUACUCUAGGAAAUUAUCUAAAUGCAAAAUCAGAGUCAGCCGUUAUUACCAGUGAUGUCAAUGUUUCAGUUUCUCACCAGAGUGAUGGAGAAGAGGACUUUAGUAAAAACUCUGUGGCAACCAUACAUUUUUUGCACACUGUUGAACCAAAAAGAGUAAGAAUAAACACUGGAAAAAACACUACUUUAAAAUUCAGCGAAAGAAAAGAGGAAGCCAAAAGGAAAAGAAAGAACAGCAAUGGGAAUGGUCAAUCAGUUCCAGAGCUGCCCACUAUAAAAACACCAGCAGAUGUUUAUAGAGUGUUUGUCGAUGUUGUAAACGGAGAAUACAUCCCAAGGAAAUCCAUUAUGAAGUCUCGUAGCAGAGAGAACAGUGUUUGCAGUGAUACUAGCGAGAGCAGUGCACCAGAGUUUGAUGGACGGACUUACUUUAGAAAUGUUAGCUUUGAGGAGAAUACAUUUAGUGACCUCAGUGACAGCUUUCAUGAAGAAGAGGACCGUGUUCAAAAGAAACUGUCUCCAGUUAAUGGUCCAUUGGAGGCCUUUUCCGGUACUGUUGUGGAAAAAGAAUCUUUAUAUAUGCCAGUCACAAGCAUUGCCCAUCCAGCUUUGCCAACGAUCCAAGAGAAAAACGCUGAGGAACAGACUACAGAAGUAUCUGAAGAGAGCACAAAACGUGUUUCAAAAUUCAAAGCUGCGAGAAUACAACAGAAAAAAUAACCAUGUGUCAAUCAAUUUCAUUAAUCUUUUCUCAGUACUGAGGAAACAUAGAGCAGGGCUGGAUUUUGUUUACAAAACUAUUUUGGUGCCAGAGGUGCUCUAUUGCACUCUCCUUUGCACUCAAAGGAUUAUCACAGUUGAAAAUCAUAUUUUUCCAUUUUAAUCCUUAUAUUUUGAUAAUUUUUCAAUGUGAUUUUUUUUUUUAAUAUGCAACAAAGAAAAAAAAGAAAAAGCACUUUUUAUGUGAGCAUCACGUGCUCCUUCCAUUUGUGGAAAGUGUUUAGUUUAGCCAACCUUCUACUGAAUAAUAAGGUUUUCUUGUAAUAAAGCCUAGAAUCACAUUAUCUGCAGAGAUACCCAACACUGAGGCCAAAGGUGAACUAAAUGAUUUCAUUUAUAUUUGAUGUUCUUUGCUAAAGUGUUUGUGAUACAUGGGAGUCACAGAGACAAAAGCAUUUGCCUUAGGAUGAUAUUAGUUAAUGAUACUGUGUUAUCUGAUUAUCUAAACCCCUGGAACAGAGUUGCUAAGGGUCAGGCCACACGGGCAGAUUCGGGGAGAUUAGUCGACAGGUGACAGAAAACGAAGCGCUCGGAGUGCCUGCCUCCAGGCGAUUUUCAUUUUAGCUGACGGAAGGCAGAUCGGGGAGAUUAGUUGCCGCGAAGAAGAUUAGUUGCCGUGAAUCUCCCCUAAUCUUCCUGUGUGGCCAGACCCUAAACAAACUAGUGUAUAUCUAAAUAUGUAAAAAGAUAAAGCUGAUGCCAUCUUGCUUGUUGAUGUAAAAAAAAAAAAAUCAAAGUGGGUGAUAGGUUUCGCAACAGGGCAAUAAUGACAAAAAAGAGUAAUAAGAUAUAUAUAUAUAUAUAUAUAUAUAUAUAUAUAUAUAUAUAUAUAUAUAUAUAUAAAUAUAAAUAUAUAUAUAUAUAUAUAUAUAUAUAUAUAUAUGUAUAAGUUAAGCCUUUUGUCUGAAAAGGCUUUCAGUAAAGCACUCAUGAAGUGUGCAUAAUGUCAGAACAAUAUAUGGUGUGUGUGUACAUCUAAGCUGGUUCUCUACAACACUCUUAGCAUUCUCAUAUUCUUUCUUAUCUAUGGAUGAAAAUUGGUCACUUUGUUUAUGCGCUUUGGCAAACCAUUUACACACAUAGGGGGGUUAUGUAUUAAUGUCUGAAUGCCAAAAACUUGAAAAACCUACAUUUUUCAGGACUUAUUAUACCCCGAGGAUAGGAAAACUUUGAAUCUGAAAAUCCGGCAUUUCAGACCUGCCGAGGCUGUAUAUAAGUCAAUGGGAGAUGUCCGGAACAUAUCCUGAUCUGCACUGGAUUUCGUGGUUUUCAGGAAAAAUCUGAAAAAAUUGAGUUUUCGAGCGGGAAAUCCAAAAAGUUAAUAUGAUUAGAAUUUUUGUAUGAUUUUCAUAAUUUUUUCAAGUUUUUUUUCCUGCAUAGGAAAUGUUUGGGAAAAUGUAUUGAUAAAAAAGGGGAGAUAAACUGUGCGGAUUUGGUCGGAGUAGAUUUAAGAAAAUAAAGAGAAAUUUUCACAUUUUGAUAAAUAACCCCCUUAAUGUAUUUAAAAGAAGAGUGGUUAACCCAAUUUUUUCUCUGCCACUUGUGAAGUCUUGUUAAAAUAAACAGAACAAAAUGCAAUUUCUAAAUGUCACACUUUUGCAGCAUGCCACUUAAUACUCCUGGACUGAAAAUCCAAAGUAUAGUUGCUUAUCCUUUAUCUUUGGUGCCAUUGAAAUAGUUCAUGAAAAUGAAUUCUAGAAUAAGGAGAAAAUACUUUUCACACCAUGGGACAUCUUGAGUCAUGUGUCCUCCUAUCAUGUGUCAGAGUGCAAAGUUGUACAGAAUAGAGAGAGACAAUGUAAUGUGGCAUGAAGGCCUCUGUGCACAGAUUGUGUAGCUACUACAAACCACCCGCUAUCACUCUUUGUAUUAAAGAUGGAGUAUGCUGUAAAGAUGCUGUACGUACGCUACAAUACCACACCAAGAUCCUGACUAUAAUUUGCCAGUUUUGUCUACACAGCUGAUCAUUCAUUCUAAUCCAUUGAAGCGUUGCAAAAGUUUCACUUUUUUUUGUCCCCACUUUACUAGACAUUACUAACAUACAGUGAUUCUCCUUCUGAUGUAUUUUGCUGUUUAAAAUCCAUACAUUUCUAAAUUAUAUGUGAUUUAUUUCCUUAUGUAGUAGCAGUCUGAGAAGCAUAUUAGAGAAAAAAAAAUGUUUUUGUAUAUUUUCUCCAAAAUGUACCUCUAUUUUUUUGAAUGUUAAAAAAAAAUAAAGUUUUUACUGUGAA